CGGAAGUUUUAUGUUGAUGUCUUGUGAUCCUUUCUUUUUCACACAGAUAUCAUCUUGAUCUUUUUAUUCCUAGUUAAAACUAAAAUUUAAUCUUUCACAAUGGCUUGUCUUGGACCAAAAUGCUCUCUCUAUUACAUGCUUAUAAGCAUCUGGGGCAUAAUUAUGCUUGCCCUUAUGGGAAUAUUUUUCCAGAUCCGGAGCAUUGCACUGUUUGAAGACAUCAAGGUUGACGAAAAAGAGUGGGCCAUGGCUAACUUCAGCAAAUCCUAUGUUCAAGAGAAGUAUGAAGACAAUGCCAUUAACUGUUGGAUAGCUGCUGGCAUCUACCUCGUACUCUUUGCCUGGUCCUUUUUCCAGUACAAGCUAAAUGCAAGACAGAAUUAUGAAAUGUCCUAAAGUCUGUGCAGACAUUUUCUGUGAAAGCAAGUGAUCUAUUCUUUGUGAGGGAGCCAGGAGAACAUUCAUUGUGAUACUUCUAUGUGAUGUCUUUGUGUCUGCUGUAGCUCAAUAUAACAUACACAUGAAACUUGCAUCAGUGACUUUAACCUACAACUAAUCUGGAGAGCAUCAGUUUAUGUAUACAAGUCAUUGAGUAGUCUAAAAUGUAAAUAUAAAUCUGUCUGUAGCAAUUAAUUUAUAGAAUUUUUUUUUCUUUUUUUUAUGGUAAUCAAAAAAUAGGAAUUGCAAUGUUUUUAGAAAAGUUAUCUUCUUAUUAACAAAUAUUUGGUUGUCUUCCUUUAAUUAAAAAAAAAAUUCUCACAUAAGGUAACCAUAAGGUAAAAUAUUGAUUUAGAAUAAUUAAUAUAUGCAUUAUUUCUUACAUACUUUUAGCAAUUUUAUUUAAUGAAAAUAAUUUCCUUUCAGCGUAUACAUUUGAUUUUUUCUUUUGUGUAACAUAAUUGUCUUUAUUGGUAAAAAAAAUACAAAACUCAAUAAAAUAAUUGCAUGCAAUAAUAAAGAUUAUUAGUUACUGUAGUCAUGUUAAUGUAACAUUUGACAAAUUUUCUUCUUUCUUGUCAUUGUUUUUCACUUUGUAAAUACUAUUGGGAUAGGAAGCAUUCCAUAACCUACCGGUAUGUCUGAUUGGGUUAUUUGUUAUCAUUGCGAGAGUCCUUUGAUUAUGAAGAAUUGUUUUGAUUGAAAGUCUUAGGAGUGUAGCUGAGAUGCAAUGAUGAUCAGUCUGUUGUCAGAAUAAAUUUGAGUGUGUGUUAUGUGAGCUUGAAAAAAAUCUCACUUGUUUCCCCUCACCCCUUCCAUUUUUUUGAAAACAAUGAGUUGAAAGUGUAGUAAAUGUUUCUAGUUGAAAGUCUUCGGUCACCACUACAUUUUAUGUUUUCACUUGGUAAAGAAAGGGGAAUAUUGUUUGGCUCAUGUGAACAUAGCUCAGAAUAUUGUUGUGUUUUCAUUUGUAUUUAAUUUAUGCAGUUAUGUAUUGUUUUUUUUUUUUUCUAUGUUAGUAGAUCUAUUUAACUUUGGUAAAUAAUAAACUGGACAGGAUGUAUAUAAUU